CCGCCGAACAACAACAGAUUCUCGGAUUUUUAUAAACCAUUGCCCCUCUCACAAUACGUGGGGAGAAUUGUCACAAUGUCGAGGGCUAGCAAGCUUACCCUGGCGGGAACGUCGCUGUUUGCGAUCGGCACCGUCUUCUUCGUGCAUUUCCAGCAAAAGGCUGAGAAAUCGGCAAUGCACGCCGGCGUCGUCCGCGACAUGGAGCAGCAGCGCCUCAAGAAGGAACGCCAGCUUGACUUCGACAUGCAGAAGGCUCUGGAGGAGAGUUACAAGAAAGUACAAACCGUCCAUGAUGGUGGGGGCGCGCCUGAACCGCCCAAGCCCGGAGAUGUGGGCGGUGGUCGGUGACGAAGCUUGGUUCGCUGGGAGAGUGCAGUGACGGGUGGUCGCAAGGAAGCCUGUGUAUAAACAUGCAUGUACAAACAGCGAAGGGUGGUAGACGGGUUCAAUGAGGGCUGUACGAUACUCUGGGAUAUAGUGUGAAGCAUUGGGCGGCGUCAGAAUUAGGAGUUACAUACGGAAACCAAACCGGCAGAAGAAUCUCAAAGGCAGACAUAUAUAGAUAGGAACUUGGAACAUUAUUGCAAGUCUAUAAGCUGUAUUUUUUUCGAAUAACC